UUUUAUUCGCUCCGUCUCUGCUGACCCUGGCUGCGUCGCGCAGAGGAAAUUUAAUUAGCCGGCAUUCGUCAUUACCAACCAUGGCAAUAAUAUGAAUGCCGAAACGAAACUUACGACUAAGGAAAGAGGAGGGAGGGAGACAAAGAAGAGAAAGAGAGAGAAAGAGAGUUUGGGUUUGACCAUCUACACCUCAAUGCGUGUGCCCGCUUAUAUCCCUUGACAUCGGCAAACUCAGCGCUAAGCUGCAGCUCAAAUCCUCUUCCCCUCUCUCUCAGAUUACCAUUUUCAGCUCUGUCUCUGUUCCUUUCCUGUUCCUGAUCUUAUUCUGCGGAAAAAGAUUGCUUCUUGCUCGAUCUAUCAGACUCUUUUCAUUCUUUUCCUCCCCUAACUCCUGCGCUGCUCUCGGUUGGCGCUCAAGGGGUUUCUAGCUAAUCUUCGAAAUUUUCUGUGGUGAUUUGAUGUUGCAUGGAAAGGGGAUAAGGGAAUUUUAGGGUUUUCAAAGAUUUUGUUUCUAGUGCAAUGGGCUCAUUUUGCUCCAAGGGCUCAGCAGUGGACAAAUCGCCUAGUGAUGUUACGAUCAGUGUGGGUAGCCGAAGAGAUCUUGAGAAGUUAUCUUCGCCGUCUGAGCUGAAGGCUUAUGGUUUGAAGAGUCUUAAAGCUGGUGAUGCUGUGGGGAAGCGUUCUCUGGAGCAAUCCUUUUCGUUCUCAGAGGGGAUGCUAUCAAAUUUUGGAAAUACUGGAAUUUCGACGCCAAGGCAACCUGCUUUGACCAGAGUUCUUUCUGAAAAAUCCACUUCGGCUAAGUCAAAGGCUGCCGCUGGAGCCAAAUCUGGGACACACAAGGUUGCUGAAGUAAGUUCGCUUCUAGGAAGAGCUGGUACUGUUGGUUUUGGGAUGGCAGUGGAGGUUUUGGACACACUAGGCAGUAGCAUGACUAAUUUGAACAUUGGAAGUGGUUUUUCAUCAGGAUUGGCAACAAAAGGAAAUAAAAUAUCCAUUCUUGCUUUUGAGGUUGCUAACACAAUCGUAAAAGGUGCCAAUCUUAUGCAUUCACUUUCAGAAGAAAGCAUAAAGCAUUUGAAAGAAGUGGUGCUUCCUUCAGAAGCUGUUCAGCGUAUAGUUUCCACAGAUAGAAAUGAAUUGCUAAGAAUUGCUGCUGCUGAUAAAAGGGAGGAGUUGAAAGUGUUUUCUGGGGAAGUUGUUCGAUUUGGUAACCGCUGUAAAGAUCCUCAAUGGCACAACUUGGAUCGCUACUUUGCUAAAUUAGGUUCAGAAAUCACACCACGACAACAGCUGAAGGAGCAAGCUGCAGGAGUUAUGCAGCAGCUAUUGACAUUGGUCCAAUAUACAGCUGAGCUCUAUCACGAGUUGCAUGCUUUUGAUAGAUUUGACCAAGAUUAUCGUAGAAAACUCCAAGAAGAAGAAAAUCCAGGAGAAGGUUUUCAAAUUCUAAGGCAUGAACUCAAAAGCCAAGGGAAGCAUGUAAAAAGCUUAAAGAAGAAAUCAUUGUGGUCUAGAAACUUGGAAGAGGUCAUGGAAAAGCUAGUAGACAUUGUGCACUUCAUGCAUUUUGAGAUCCAUGAAGCCUUUGGAAGUGCUGAAGGUGAUAACUCUGUGGUGCGUUCCUUCAACAGUCAUCAACGGUUGGGCCCAGCUGGCCUUGCAUUGCACUAUGCAAAUAUCAUCAAUCAAAUCGACACACUAGUAUCACGCUCAGGUUCUGUACCACCAAACACGAGGGAUUCAUUGUACCAAAACUUGCCACCUACAAUAAAAUCUGCUUUACGAUCGAAACUGCAAGUGUUUCAGCUCAACGAAGAGCUGACUGUCCCUCAAAUCAAGGCUGAAAUGGAGAAAACAUUGCAAUGGCUUGUCCCAAUUGCUAAUAACACUACCAAAGCGCACCAUGGCUUUGGCUGGGUUGGAGAAUGGGCAAGCACAGGGGCGGAGGUGGCUCAUAAGCCAGCAGGCCAUUCCACCAUGCUCAGAGUUGAGACCUUCUUUCAUGCCGAUAAAGCGAACACUGAUGCCUACAUACUAGACUUGAUUGUAUGGCUCCACCAUUUCAUUAACCUUUCAAGGCGAGGGAAGAACUUCUUCUCCUCUCGUUCCCCAGUCAAAUCUACACUCCUUUCUUCCUCUCAGAACUCUGCAUCUUCUGCUCUUUCAAGCAAAUCAAGUCCAAUCAACUCUUCCACUUACACAUCAACACUCACAGAAGAAGAGCAAGAGAUGCUGAGACAAAUAGUGCUCCCUAAAAGGUCUUAUAGAAUAAGUAAAAGCCAAGAUUUUGAUAUGGAGAGGCCACAGUUGUUCAAACUCAGUAGACUUUCCAAAAGCAGCAGCAAUACACCAACAAGAAUGAGCAAGAAUGAAUCGAGGAAAAUGUCAUUGCCAGUUAUUGAUUUUGAUAUCAAUCGUACUAAAGCUUUGGAUGUUAUUGAUAGGGUGGAUAGUCUAAGGAAAUUAUGAGCAGUCGCAUAGAUGUUUCUGAAGAGGAAUCAUAAGAAAAUCUCCAUUUUGUUUUCUGUAGCUGUAGAGAGGUGGUGGCCAUGGUUUAUUUGUAUGUAAUUAGGAUAAUAGUUUUUUACUUGUGAUGAAAAAUGCAGUCAGGAAUGAGCUGUUGUUGUGAGAUUGGCGUUUUCUGGUAGGAGAAUUUCUGUUUAGAAGUGUGGCUCCUAAAACAGGAAGGGAAAAUGUACAUGUAAUUCCUGGAAAUUAUAUAUUUUUU